AUGGAGGUGAUGAAAAAGCUACAAACAGCAACGGUUGAAAUUUUCACCCACGGACCAGAAAACAUCAUGAGGAGAGAUGCCAAAAAGGAUUUGGGCAUCUGGGUCUCCUCAAACUCGUCCUUCGCACUACACCAUGAAAAAUCGGCCCAAAAGGCAUUCGCCAUUUUUCGGGUGAUCCGACGCACUUUCUCCCGUAUUACUCGCAUGGACUUCCAAAUACUCUAUGGGGCCUACGUCAGACUGCCCCUGGAGUACGCCAACCAGGUUGUCUAUUCAGAACGCACGAAGGACGCCACCCUCAUUGAGCGUGUCCAGCCGCUACGAGAAUGGUUGCCGGCCUCAAAUCCGUUGACUAGGAAACACCUUGGCAAACAGGUUUUCACCGUUGAGCCAGCAAACACACCGCGCGGACAUGGUAAGAAAAUUUUCAAGCUCAGAGCACACACAUUCAUUAGACAAAAUUUUUCCUCACUUCCGGUACGAAUCCUCGCGCUGGCAGGCAUACUGCCCCGCGCUGAGAAUAUAAAGAGAAAUGCUACACACUUUUUCCACUUGUGCCUUUCUGGUGAACGACAGCCAUUGACCGACAAGAAAAAAAUCGACCCGGGAAACUUGCGCAAAAGCCCCGACCCUGUGCAUCAAUACGUGAAUCCGAUGCCAGUAACAGGGAUUGAGUCUAUACUAUGCAAAGACUUUUCUCAUUUCGAGCCCGUACUCUUCCACAACAACCCAGUCGUCGUGGAUGGAGGGGAUUUCGCAGAAUUUUUCACUCGAGGUCCAUUACUUUCGAAUGUAUGGGGAGGUGAAUAUUUGUCACUUGCUGUCUCACUGACGAAGCAACUUGAAGACCUACGAAACUGCGCUAUCGAUCCGUUAUUUAUCUUCAGUGCAGGAACUGAAAGAAAGGGAAAACAACUUGAAUUUCAAAUAAUCGGAGCCAGGAAAAGAUUAAUUUGUCUACAACACCUCAAAAAGUUGGAGGUAAAUGGCUAUAUCAACCAGCUGCUUCCUGUCCUGGUGAACAGUCUGCUUGUUGAUCUUUUAGAUGCAAAUGGUGUAAGCCACUUGUGUUCACCAUUUGGCGUCCACCGCAGCUGCGCGUCCCUCGCGAACAAUAUGCGAUGUGCUUUGCUAGCUUCCGCACACGAAUAUUUUCUACUUUGUGCUGAUUUGCCGAAUAGAAAUUAUACUGGGUUCGAUUAUGUACCUAUUCAGUAUAUCAAGUUUACUCCAAUUCGUUUGCCAGACGGUGGAAGACCCAGCGUAGCCGGCACUGAGCAUGGAUGUGCUAGCUACACAGCCUCCCCUAUGUUAAAUCCCCCUACGUUCGCGCUACCUGCUCAUAAAUUUUUGCCCGAAUUCACAAGCCUACGGAAAGUAGCGCCAGCCUACCGACCCGCAAUGUUUCUUCUACUGGGUUCGGAUUCCAUGCCACGAGUCCGCCUACCAAAGUCACUUCAAAUCCUUCUACAUAAGGAGGCUGGGUCAGACUAUAAAACACGUCGUUGGAAUACCAUCAUAUCCUGGUUGUCCCAAUUCGCGCCUGGGUCAUUUCAGCCUAUUGAUCAGAUCAUUGCCUGUUAUCCACCGGAUGAGAAACAACCCUGGUUACGUAGUUUUAUUGAAUCUAUUCUGGACUAUGUGCCAGACCCAGUAAUUGGUCGGAGGUUAUCAUCUUUCCUCCUGGAAGCACCACGGUCCAACCAGCCGAACACUCGAGAUCAAGCUCUCUUGAGCCCGAGUUGCCCCGACAAUGAGAAGGAUCAGUUACUUGAUGAUUCCAUGGAUGGAAAGACUUUCAUUAGUAAAGUGUUUCAAGGCUAUGGCACCACAAAGCUACGGCGGCUUGAUUUUACCAGCAGUUGGCCAGCAAAUCUUGUCAGGACUUUCCACCAAUCACAAUUUGCUAGCUAUUUAUUUGUCCCUUUGUACUGUCCAGGAGGAGUGGUCCUACCCACAGUUGUUGAAAAUCCGUCUGUUUCGGCUUCUGUAUGGGAUGCAGCGUUGCCGCUCCGAGCACUGUUCUAUCGACUACUGUCAGGACUGGAGCAUCAGUUAGGCUGCCCGGAAAAAUUACUCGGCUUGAAGCCCGGUGCUACGGAAUACGCUAGACACGGCACAUCAAUCGUCCGAUACAGCAUUCCCGUUGAUCCGUUCUUUUUGGACUCCAAGACGGAUAGCACCGACGAACUUUUAGCAACCGUGCUGGAAUUACCCACAUUUGAUGGUGGAACAAAUUUAGGUCCUUUAUUUAGUUUAUCUUUGUCUUUGUCUCUGUGGCAUCGUUGGCAAAUAUCCAACGGUAAAACGACACCAUCACCACCAGAGGAGUCACCUCUCUUAUUAGCAGUUGUUCUCUGUGCUGUUGCAAACAGCAUAAACUGCAGUAAUACAUUCGAUGUGGAGCUGGUGAAAUAUUACGGCAGUGUUCUAGGACUUGCGGAGAAUAUAUUAAAUGCGACUGACGUGAAAACGGUCAAUGUUACGCAAUCAGCAAAGCAUGUACUACCAGUCACAUUUAGGCUAGAUUAUGUUCAUGAAUACAACUGUAUCCAGAUCAUCUAUGCCUGCUUCAAAUCGGUCGUCGUAUUGUUGGACCAGCUGGUUCCCACGGAACGACGCUCCAAGUGUUUCCGUUUUUCACCGCCUUGGAAGGUUUUCCCGUCAGGCAGAUUAGUUCAUUGGUUGGCUGCAUGUAUUGCUAAUCGAGAUCCACUAAUGAGGCUACACUGCGCCUUGGGUUUUUGGUUGCCACGCUUAGUUCGAGUACAUAAUCAGACUGCGACUGCUGCGACGUUGCUUCAGCGUGGGAUCAGUCUGUUCACCCUCUUUAUGAAUAAGACACGCGCCAUUGUUGAACAACUAUCACCAGCAGCACCACUUGGUUAUGUCAAACAGAACGUUCCUUUGUUUGAGUUGGAUACAUUCAAACCGAUAGAAAUGGAGGACGGUGCUGUAGUUAUCGAUGGCGAUUCCAUGGAUUCAUUAGAAUAUGUUGAACCCUUCUCUUCUCCGGUGCUCAGAGCAACUUCAACGUCACCUCAAAUGUCUCCACAACCUCCAUCUCAACCCGAUUGUGAGAACACCUCUCGAAAUGCCUUUGUAAGUCAACUGCAAAAACAGGCACAUGCUAAACACCUAGGCCACGGUAACACCAGCCUUCAGGAGCUUAAAUCACAUUCGAAUCGAAAACCACCCGGAGAUCUUCGGAAGCGUAAUCGCCAGCAAACUGGCUAUGCAGAUCGCCUUCGCCAAAGACUUUUGUCCAACCGGGACGAACCAAAAACGAACUAUACUACAGGUGGGUAUUAUGCAUGCAGAGCAAUCACUGUUGUUUUCAUCCAUCCUGUCUUUUUGUCUUACUCCAUGAUUUCAUGGCUUGUAAUGUAUUUGAGCACAAGUUAUUCGAUGAACAAAGCUCUUUUUACCGCUUUCUAG